GCGACUUCCGGCGGUCGAAAGAAAUCGCCCUUCGCUCCUUUUUUUCCCCGACUCGGUCUAUCAUUUCGCCCCACUCCCAGCCUCCCUUCACCCCUCCAUUCGUCGCCGCCCUUCUCCGGGUCCCCAUCUCCGCCGCCGCGCAACCACCGCCCGCUGCAACGCCCGAGAAAUCCUCCCUCCUUUCCCGACCUAAUCUCUCCUUUGUCGUCUCUUUUGCUUUGGGAUCGGUCGAUAGAUGUCGUAGAUCUGCCUUCAAUCGCUGAAAGGCCCCUGGAUCUGGGCUGUCUCGUCCCUGAUCUGAACUGCAUUGUUGGGAGUCUUACGCGAUUGAUUGGAUCAUUCUGGUACCAGGAGGGCUCUGAGGUAUUUCUUGGAAGCCCACUUGGACCUUAGUUAUGUUGGACCGAGAGAUUUGAGGAAUUCUGGUGUUGUUGUCCAAUUUGAUUUUUCUGUGAAGGAGAUGCACAGUGACAUGACAUGGAGCAGAAAUUCUGAUGAUAUAUAAGGUGCAGUUAGGUCCUAAUAUGUGGCAACCAAACUCAUUUUUUAACCUUGUAUGCUGACCUACACCUAUGAUUGGAGUUCCUUUACCUGUAUCUAAUAGCCCUAUCAUACGUCGAGCUGGCAGCAAACCUGUUUUUCCUGACCAAGGAUCCAGUGAAUUGGGAAUCAAUAACGACGAAGGCUUUCUGCUUCCAGCAGAGGUAAAUGAGAUGAAGGGAGGAAGUUUACCCAUCCACGGUGCUGCAAUACUGCCAUCACCAGUCCUCUUAUGGAGAUUCAAGGUAUUAUUGUUUCUUGUAUGGGGUAUCAGCUGUUGCAAGAUUGGUUGGGACUCUGUAAUGAGAAUGAGUGCUGAUCUUCAGGAUUUAUUUCUUUAUGAGGCUUUUUUGUAUUAUAAUCCUCUUCUUCUUGUGACAUUGAUGGUUUGGCUUUGGGGAGUUAACCUAUGGGUUUUUGCUCAGUCAUCAGUGAACUAUGCAAAAGUAUUUGAUCUAGAUCAUACCCAUCUUACACACCGGGAGAUAAGGAAGUGUGCCACUUGGAUGACCAUCAUAGUGCCCACAAGUAUGACAGCUUAUCUUUAUCUCUACUCACAUGGAGAAGUGUCAUUGGCUGCAUCACAACCAGUUAUUCUGUAUGCUGUUGCACUGAUGCUUUUCAUAUUUCCAUUUGAUAUUUUUUACUUAUCAUCUCGCUACUACUUGUUAAGGACGCUUUGGCGCAUAAUACUUCCCUUACAGGCGAUCACAUUUUCUGAUUUUUUCUUGGCUGAUAUUUUCACAUCGAUGUCGAAGGUGUUUUCGGAUUUGGAGCGUUCAGUUUGUCGGAUGGUUAACCGACAGGUUGCAACAAUUGCUUGGUUUGAGGCUGAUUCUGUAUGUGGCAGCCACUCUGUAGCUAUUCCUUUAGUGCUUGUUUUCCCAUAUGUGUGCCGUUUUUUCCAAUGUCUGCGUCAGUACAGGGACACUAAAGAAAAGACAUCCCUUUUAAAUG